GUCCAGUUGACAUUACAAGAUCAAAUUCACAUUUAUAACACAUCCUUGAGCUUUUCUUUCUCUUUCCUUCGUUCACAAUGCUUUUCUUCAUCACCGUACUCUUCAUUUUCAUCGCAUUAAGGAUAUGGAAGAAAUCAAAAGCCAACUCAACCCCAAAUCUACCACCAGGACCAAACAAACUACCUCUAAUAGGGAACGUUCACAAUUUAGUCGGCGAUUUACCCUAUCACCGCCUAAGAGAUCUAUCCAAGAAAUACGGACCCAUUAUGCACCUUCAGCUCGGCGAAAAUACCACCGUAGUAAUUUCUUCACCGGAACUUGCUCAAGAAGUUAUGAAAACCCAUGACGUCAAUUUUGCUCAAAGGCCUUUUGUCCUCGCCGGUGAUAUCGUAAGCUAUAAAUGUAAAGAUAUCGCAUUUGCGCCUUAUGGAGAAUAUUGGCGACAAUUGCGAAAGAUGUGCUCCCUCGAGUUAUUAACUGCGAAGCGUGUACAGUCAUUCAAAUCAAUCAGAGAAGAAGAAGUGUCUAAACUCGUUGAAUCGAUAUCUUCAAGCUCAGGAUCGCCUAUCAAUUUUAGCAAAAUGGCUAGUUCGUUGACAUAUGCUAUUAUUUCAAGAGCUGUCUGUGGUAAAGUAUCGCGAGGAGAAGAAGUAUUUGUGCCGGCUGUUGAAAAGUUGGUUGAAGCAGGGAGAAGUAUUAGUCUUGCUGAUUUGUAUCCCUCUGUUAAAUUGUUUAAUGCUCUUAGUGUUGUAAGGCGUAGAGUAGAGAAGAUCCAUGGGGAAGUAGAUAAGAUAAUUGAAAAUAUUGUGAUCGAACACAGAGAGAGAAAAAGAAUGGCACAUGCUGGGAUAAACAGUAAGGAGGAAGAAGAUCUUGUAGAUGUUCUUUUGAAAUUUCAAGAAAAUGGGGACCUUGAUUCAUAUCUAUCCAACGAUGGCAUCAAAGCAGUAAUCUUGGACAUGUUCAUCGCUGGUAGUGACACGUCAUCAACAACCAUAGAAUGGGCAAUAUCAGAAAUGGUGAAAAACCCCUCAAUAAUGGAAAAGGCACAAGCAGAAGUGAGGGAAGUUUUUGGUUCUAAAGGAAAGGUCGAUGAAGCAGACUUGCAUGAACUAAACUACUUGAAAUUGGUGAUCAAAGAAACUCUGAGAUUACACCCAGCUGUCCCAUUGUUACUCCCAAGACAGAGCAGAGAGGAUUGUGUAAUUGAAGGUUAUAAUAUAGCUACGAAAUCUACUGUCAUUGUGAAUGCAUGGGCUAUUGCGAGGGAUCCAAAAUAUUGGGAUGAAGCUGAGAGAUUUUAUCCAGAAAGAUUCAUUAAUAGUUCAAUUGAUUUUAAAGGGACUAAUUUUGAAUUUAUCCCAUUUGGAGCUGGAAGGAGGAUGUGUCCUGGAAUGUUAUUUGGUCUUGCUUCCGUUGAGCUUCCACUUGCACAGUUACUAUAUCAUUUUGAUUGGAAGCUUCCUGGUGGACAGAAGCCAGAAGAUCUUGACAUGUCUGACGAUCUUGAUGGUACAGCAACGAGAAGACAUGCUCUAUAUUUAACUGCCACUCCAUAUCUUCCUUCAGCAGUUGGUAAAAUCUCAAGAUAGGUUCAAUAAAUGUUAGUUUGAUGUGGGAGAAUAAAUAAGUCGAUAGACAAAUACACCAAUGUUAGUUUCAUAUCUAAUAAUUUACGAUUGUCGUUACCGUAUAAAGGAUUUGAAGCUGUGGCCCAAAAGUGAAUUUAGGAUUUGAAUAGAUCCAAUACAAUUGUAAUAGUAUGUGAAUAUUACCCUAGGUGGAAUUUAAUUAAGGUUUAAUUUGAACUUAAUUUUAUUUUAAUCUCUAAA